AUGAGCAACCAAGAAGCAGUCAAGAGGACGUACACCUGGGGUGACUGUCGUGGAGAGCUUGUCCACUUCCGAAACCCAGCUUAUCAGCUGGGACAAGUUCUAUGGGACAGCACCAUCUCGCAGCCUAGAAGACGACCUGCAGACCAAUUUGAAGCCAACCUGUCCUUGAAUCUUCAUCAGAUCCACAAUGUGGCAAAAUAUUAUGCAUUGGAGCAUGCCACCAGGGACAUCAGAUUUUUAAAGCCCUCCCAGGACCCUAACAUUGCUGGCUUCAUUGGCGAUAUGAACCGGUUCAACGCGGUUCUCAGUCGGGCACAAAAGUUCUUGGUUAUCCUCGGUAACCUAGACGCUUGGAAUAGACGGGCCGUUGAUGACCUGCAUAAACGGGCUGGGAUGAGGAAUGGUUUUCUCAUCCAACUGUUGCGCGAUGUCACCGACAGGGGCCACACACUGACAUGGGCUGGUGUCAGGACAGUGGCUGAGAGAGAACCCCCUGGGAACAUACUCUACUUUGCUCACGACAGGAGCAUCCCCCCGUCUGGCCGUUCGUAG